AAAGUUGGGAGAUGAUGACAAAAAGCAGCAGCAGUAGAAGAAGAAGAAGCCGCAGCGGUUUGAUUGGAGGAAAGGAAAGGGUUGAUCAACAAAAAUGGCUGAAGUGAUCGAGCUGCAGAAACUCAAGCUUGCUGAGCUGAGGCAAGAAUGUGAAGCCCGAGGUCUCGAGACCAAAGGCAACAAGGGGGACCUGAUCGCACGACUGCAGGCCUUCCUAGAUGAGCACGCCACCGAUGAAGAAGAGGAUGUGGAUGAUGUGCUGGCGGAUGACACUGUGGACUUCUCAAAAGGCGAGAUUGUAGACAACGGCAAAGAUGUCAAAGAAUUGGAAUCUCCCGUGGCAGAGCUGCCCACUGAGAAAAAGAUAGUGAAGAUAUGUCCUCCAGCUGCUGCUGGCGAACGGCUGCAGAAACGCGCUGAACGCUUCAAUCUGCCUGCAUCAGCGGAGGACAAGAAGGCCCAGCGUGCGGCCAGGUUUGGCUUACCGAUCAGUGCUUCAAGUUCAUCCACAGGCACCGCCAUGGCCAAAAACAUGCCGGUCAACGUGGAUCAGCUGAAGAAGAGGGCGGAGAGAUUCGGCAUGAACGUGUCGUCGCUUUCGCAAAAGAUGGAAGCAGAUGAGAAGCUGAUCAAGAGGAAGGAAAGGUUUGGCAUCCUAACAGGCGGCGCCGUGACUGGCUCCGCGGACGUCGAGGCAAAGAAAGUGAAGCGCGCUGCUCGAUUUGGAAUAGUGUAAAGAAUUUUUUUGUUUUAUUUUUGUUUUUUUGUGUUGUUUUUGACAUUCAGUCAGGUCACAGACUGUGUCCUUGUUAAUCAGGUUUUUAAAAAAGUGUUGAGUUACUGGACAAAAACUGUUGAAGUAGUGGAAAUGGAAAGAACGUUUUUUUUGCCUGCUUACACGUAAUAGUUUCAUCUGCCUUUUUCUACUGUUUUCUUUCACACUUGACAAAUGUUAGAAAUUGAGUGACCAUGACUGAUAACUUAAGUUUAUCUUUACUAUUUUGUUACCUAUUUUUAUCAUUGUCAAAUCUUCUUGCACUCUAUCUGAAUGAACACAAUUUCAAGCACGCAACCAUGUUUCCAUCCGUAGCAUGUGCAUCAGUUUACUGGCAGAUUUGGACAAACGACAUUAGUUGUGUUCAAAAUACACUUUUAAGAUUUUUCGUUUGUUCGUCCUCCAGUCUGAAAAUAUUGGGUUUGGCAAUCCGAACAGUUUAAUACAUUUCAGGCAUUUUGAGAGUAGACGUCUUUUUGAUUAUGACACCAGAGUAAUUUGUGUGAAUUCUGACCAAAUAAAAAUUCAACUACUCCUGAUAGUUAAUGUAAUGAGGAAAGUUUGGCAGGGGAUGCUGUAACUUUAAUACAUUCAGGCCAUGUCCCGAAAAGAACCCAAUGGGGUUUCCUUGUUUGUUU